CAAAUAUAUGCUAAUAGUAGCUUCAAUUAGUUGGUACGUCUAUAAUUGUAUAUGUGCAGCGGCCAGCCUUGUUACAAGUAUAAAUAGACAUCGUUACUACCACAAUUCAACCAUCCUCUUCAGAAUUAAACUCCUUUUGUCAUUAGUAGGUAGCAAACAUAUAUAUAGUUCAACUUUAACCUUGUUGACAUGGCUUUCAAAACUCAGGCCUCAGUUACUCUUUUCCUAUCACUGAAUCUCCUCUUCUUUGUUCUUGUUACUGGAAACCAUUGUGACACUUGCCAUAACAUUGGUGGUGGAGGUUCUGGAAACGGCAGUGGUGCCGGCAAUGGCGGUGGAGCUGGAAAUGGUGGUGGUUCGGGCAAUGGCGGCGGAGGUGGCAAUGGGCAAGGCAGGUGCCCGAGAGAUGCUCUGAAGUUGGGUGUAUGUGCAAAUUUAGUUGGUGGAUUGGUGGGAGCGGUAAUUGGGAGUCCUCCAACGAUGCCAUGCUGCAGCUUGAUCGCGGGGCUAGCGGAUUUAGAGGCGGCAGUUUGCUUGUGCACAGCCAUAAGGGCAAAUGUGCUGGGAAUAAAUCUGAAUGUGCCACUCUCUCUUAGCCUCGUUCUCAACAACUGCGGAAGGAAUCCUCCUACUGGCUUCACUUGUUAAUAUACACUUCUUCUUCCUGCUAAUUAAGUGCAGGGUAUAUCUACUUUUAUCAAAUUAUUUCCCUCUAGUUUGCUAUUGAACAUACUUGCCAAUGGCUAGCUCGGGCAUCAAUUUAAUUUCUAUUUAUGUUUUUGAAAUUGUGCACGAAAAAAUCGUUGAGUUUAUAAAAAGUGAACUUUGCAUAUAUAUGCAGGUUCAUCACUUCAUGUGUUAUUACAUAGUACGUAGUUUUGUACUUGUGUUAUGUGGUCAAUGGUCCAAGUAUGUAGACCUGUUUCCUUUA